AUGGGGCCCACCUUUGCAAGGCCUUCGCCUCGUCCUCGCCGACCACCUCCGCCUCACCAACUCGUUCUUGCCCCCGCUCGACUCCGCCGAGUCGUGCUGGGAAAUCUACGAGACGUCGUGGAUCGCCCGCGGGUGCAUGAACAUCACCACGAGGGACCGUUGGUCGGGAAUGUCUCCGAUUGCACGGCGUACCCCUUCAUCUACGCCGUCACGUUCGCCAAUCAAUUCGGCCCCACCGAUGUAGGUACGACCAAGUGUCUGUUCAAUCUCGAUUUCACCUCGUCCCAUUCCAAUAGCAAGAGGAAGAAGAUUGUCAUUUAUGUCGUCGUUGUCGCGUGCGUUGUGAUUUUGAUUCUAGGGUUUGCUGUGUUCUGGUUCUUACGACGUAGAAAGGAAAGAUUAUUGAAGCAGAAAUGGAAAAGCAUGCGAACUGAUACUAAUAUGAGCUCUGGAUUAGAUUCAAUUAGUGCUAGCACAACAUUGAUUAGGUUCACGUUCGACGAAAUUAAGGCGGCCACAAGAAAUUUCGCUAGGGAUCAUAUAAUUGGGAGAGGAGGGUAUGGAAAUGUGUAUAAGGGCGUGUUGCCUGAUGAUUCAGAAGUUGCAUUGAAGAGGUGGGCCCCACAAUUAGAAUAA